GGCCAAUGGCCAUCGUUAGGCGAAAGCUUUAUAUGAAAGCAUUCAAUUCACUUGUUAUUUGUUCAAUGUUUUAUAGAAAAUUUAGCUUUUUUUUGAUUACAACGGAAUAGUAUAACUGCAAGUGUACUCAUUUAUUGUGUGAGCGGUUGAGUGUUAAAUUAUUGGUGUAAUGCAUAGACGUACAAUUUCCGCCGGGCUUCGGCGGUUUUCGCCGUGUUUCGCCCAGCUGUAAUGUUUCGGCCGUAAAAGACAUAAAGACAUGAGGUUUGACAGCCGGUAGGCUUGCUUUGGUUUGUUACAUUUAUUUUCUUUAAAAAUGAACAGUCGCAAUAGUGUUAAUAAAAAUAAUUUGAUGAAUUUUUCGACUGGAUUGACGACACUUAAUCAGUUGGACCCUAAGGAUGAUCUCGUGAGGUUUCCUUUUGACCAUAUUUACGCGUGCCAUUCGGAUCCUGGACGAAGAACUGUUCUUCCUAUUGAUAAGGAGGUGGAACAAGCCUCACGACUGGUAGUAGCAGAAAAAGAAGACAAAUAUUUUAACUUGAAUAAAAUCCAUGAGCACCUAAACGCCUUAGAACUGAAAAAUAAGCGUUUGAAAGAUUUACUAAUUUACCAUUUAGAGUUAGUACAACAACAAAACGAGGCAAUUACAAAGAAAGACAAAUUAUACCAAGUACUGAAACUAGAGAAUAAUGCGCUCAAGGCAAAAUUAGUUGGUACUUUUGGAUUAAGUAUUGCUUGUGAUCCACACGAAAUGACAUACCACCCACCUGAGCCUACAUCCACUGUCACGUCUGAAACUAUUAACCAGAAAUCGCCUCAGAUUGUUGAUUUGUAUCCAUCUGUUACAAGCCACAGGUCGCCAGAAAGAAAAAAUGACCUAAAAGAAAUUUUUGAGCGAGCACGAAUCUCUGCACAAGCACUCAUUGAAAAACAUAAUAGAGAAAUAGCUGUAGGAGCAAACUUUACACAGUUAAAAACGUGUGCCAGCCAAAUGAUUGAGAACAAACGUUCCCGGACGAAGAAGGCGAACUGUAAGGAGCCACAGAGCCAGGCUAAGCCACGCCAAACCAUGAAUAGGAAAGCCUCUCCUAAAACCAAUCCUAUGGUUCAAAGAAAAAAGCGGAAAAGUACUAGCAAAUCCACCAGGUGCCGCUCAAAGCAGCAAAUUGAAACGCCACAAGCUGUUGCUGUUGGGAAAAGCUACCAGAGUCCUGCAUUCAAGAAAGCCUUCAAGUACAAAUCGACAGGAUCUCUUGCUCAAUGCUUACGACUAAUCGAUACUACCCCGACAGGAGAAGAUCCGUAUCAACUAGUGGAGGCGGAAUUUGAAGAAGUCCAAGAGAAUCCAAUUCUGAAACGCAAGACGGCGUCCCAUUUAUUUGUGAACAAAAACAGAAAAAGUGCGAUCGAGGAUAUAGUGUCUGAUAGUGAGGAGUGUGAGGUUGACAUAUUAAACGUUACGCCGGACAUGGAAUCUAAAGAAAACCUCGAUUACCCCAUUGACCCGAGGGAACCAGUGUUAGAACAAUCGUUUAGUAUAGAAGAACUUCAUGACUCACUUAGCCAGGCGUCACGACAUAUGCAGAUCGAACAGCAACCGAGUACGUCUCGAGCCAAAAAGCGGGCUCUUUCCACCACUGGUGUCAGCAAAGACACAAAAAAGCCACGUGCUAAAAGAGUAAAAAGGUCGCCUCUCCCCGGCUUCGCAGUACACGAGCCGUUCCACACUCUAAUUGGAGACCCAGAAUGUGACUGGUGUGUCACUCUAGCGACUGGAGUUAAUAGCGAACUAUUCGACCCUGAUCUAGCCUUAUUAAACAAUGUCGAGGUUCCGCAAUGGCGCGAAAAUAAGUACGAGCCCGACACCCAUUGUGUUUGUGCUGAAUUUGUAAAUGAUAAAACGUAUGAGAAACGUCACAAUAAACACGAAACGGAGGAAAGGCGCCAGUUAAGAUGGCACAUGCGACGGAUAAGAGAGCAGCGACAUAUGGAACGUUUGCGGCAGCGGCAUAAAGACUCGUGGUCGAAUAUGCCCGUAACUCCCCCUUCGGUCUAUACUUUGUGGCCGCGGCCCCAGCGAGACUUGCACGAAUUACAAAUCGCGCUCAGUUUGCCCGUUGGUGCUUUCGGCGAGGACAUUCCUGAUUUACCACAUGCAAAUUUCAUGUUGCCAUGGGUUCGCACUUCGAAAGCGUUAAAACGCUCCAAACGUUCGAAAACAUUACAUUAAUCUGAGAACGGUAUAAACGUCAAAUAUGCAUUUAUGUAAGCACUUUGCUGUAGCGUGGCUGGGUUUGUCUUCCUCUAGUCUAUCCAUCACAUUUCGAUUUUGCCUUAAGUUACGACUAUACGAAUCACGUCUAUACGAUUGUAUUGCUAUAUUUAGCAUUCUAUGACGGUGUCGACUGUCUACUUGUUAUCGCUUGGGGAUAAUUUUAAAAUUAUAUGUAACUUGAUAACUGUUAAAAGAUAGAUAGCCUAAUUAUAUAUACAGUAAUUGUGUUCUAUUUAGAUUAUAGAAGCAUCAUAUUCAUGGAUGCUAGGGCUUCAAAAUUGUCAAAGUAGUGGCUAGUGUAUUAUCCUCCCCAUAGUGUGUAAAACAU